AUUAAUUUUAUAAAGUAUUAAAAUUUAUGCAAUUUAAUAAUAAAAUUAAUUUACAUAUACUGUUCCAAUAUCUAUAUUCUUUAGAGAAGCAGCUAGUACGUCAACAAAGAAUGUUCAAAGCGUAAACGCAGAAUUUGUUACAGCAACCAUGUAUACUUCUACACCAGCACAUGAUGGUAAAUUGGUGAAUAAAAAUAUUUUAAUGUGGCACACUGAUACAUCUUUUAAUGACAAUAUUAGUCAAAACAAUUCAUCGGUUAAUCUGCAAGAACCAUUUGAUAAUGAAGGAAAUAGUACCUCAGAUAUUGCGUCGACUAAAUUGCAUUGUGAAAGUAUGGAUAAAGACACAUCGUGUACGACAACUGUAUUGACUGGUAGAAGAAUUGUGGAUAUUGGUUACAUUUUUGAACAAAUUAGAUUAAUAAAUAAACAUGAAGGUGGAUUUGACUGCACAUUUAAUGAAAUGGAGUUAAUAGAAGAGAAACGAUAUGGAUUUUAUUCGAAGUAUAUUUUUAAAUGUAAAAUGUGCAAUAUCCAACAAAUUAUUAGUUCAGAAGACAAUAAUAAUGCUUCUUAUAUGUCUAUAAAUCAAGCUGUAGUCAAUGGAACAGUAUCAAUUGGUAUUGGUUAUCGACAGUUAUCUGAGUUUGCCGCUGCAUUAGAAGUACCUUGCAUUACUAAUACUACUUUUUCAAAAGUCCACGAUAAUUUGAGUAAUAGUAUACAUAAUACUGCAUGGGAUGAAAUACAAAAGGCUGGAGAAGAAGAACGGGAAUUAGCGAUACAAGCUGGAGAUGUUGAUGAGGAUGGUGUACCAUUUUGUACAGUAGUUUCGGAUGGUCAGUGGUCAAAGCGAAGCUAUAAGACAAAAUAUGAUGCGCUGUCUGGAGUGGCAACUAUAAUCGGAUUUAAAACUAAAAAAAUUCUAUUCGUCGGAAUUCGAAAUCGUUUUUGCAUAAUUUGUCAUCGUGCUGAAUCAAAAAAAGAAAAUAAGCCACUUCAUAACUGUUUUUUAAACUGGAAUAUGUCGGCAACAUCUAUAGAAGCUGACGGAGUGGCUGAAGGUUUUAUGCGAAGCGUAGAGCUGCAUAACUUAAAAUUCAAUCGAUUAAUUGGCGAUGGUGAUAGUAGCGUCAGUAAAAGGUUGAACGAAAUAUUACCCUAUGGCCCAAAUAUGUUAGUGGAAAAAAUUGAAUGCCGCAACCAUUUACUACGAAAUUAUAUGCAAAAAUUGUCAGCUAUAAAUAAAAAAACUUCAUAUCCCAUUUCUUUAAGAAAAUUUGUGCAAACACAUUUAAUGCGAUUUAGAACUGCAGUCAUUAGAGCUAUAGCUCAUCGUAAAAAUGAAUGUACAUCUACAACACAAAAAAUUGAUGAUUUAGCUAAAGAUUUGCAAAAUGGCCCAUUUCACGUUCUUGGACAACAUACAAAAUGUGAUAAUUAUUUUUGUAAUAAAAAAAAUAAUUGCGAAGAAAAUUGGGUUCCACAAGCAAUACAAAGUGGCAUGCUAAUCGAAAUUAAUAAUGCGGUCAAUCGAUUAGUAUUUAAUUCUAAAAGCUUAAUCAUAGAUGUUGACAACAAUAUCUGUGAACAAUUUAAUAGUGUUAUAAACAAAUACAUCGGUGGUAAAAGGAUAAAUUUAUCUCAACGUAACGCUUAUAAUACUAGAGUAGAAGCAGCAGUAAUUUCUUUUAACUCACACCAAUAUUUACGUGCUAUAACUAAAAAGGUUAUACAAAAAAGUCCAGGAAAAUUUGGUAAAACAUUUUUGAAAAAUGUCAAUAGGAUACGAUUAAAUAAUCAAAGAAGGCGCAGAUUGUUUCAAGGGAAAUCAAAAACCAAAUCUAAAUUUGUUGGACCUGAUGAACAUUAUGGUUUAGCAGAUUUGCUACAAGAUGAUAUAACUACUGAAGAACUUGAUGUAAAAAAAAAACAGUUUAUUGAUAAAUUAAUGAAAACUGAUAGAGAAAUGUUGGAGCAAGUAACAAGAUCUCAAGCAAAAUCUCAAGUUUGGCACACAGAAAGAAAACAUCGUCUAACAGCCUCAAAGUUUGGAAAGAUAUGUAAGAUGAGGCCUAAUACUUCGUGUAAGAACACAGUACACGAAUUAUUAUACGGAAACAUGAACCAUAAAAUAAAGGCAGUUGAAUAUGGACGAGUUAUGGAGCCAUUAGCAAAAUUAGAAUUUGAAAAAAAAUUUGGAUUUAGUAUCGACCCAGCUGGUCUAUUCGUGGAUGAUAAAAUACCUUAUUUGGCUGCAAGUCCAGAUGGACUUAUAGAUCAAAAUUAUAUCAUCGAAAUAAAAUGUCCUUUUUCCGCUCGAGAAUAUUAUGAUAUAUUUGAAGCAAUCCGAAAAGGAAAAAUUACUUAUUGUACAGUUGACGAAAAUAAUAUAGUGAAACUAAAAAAUAAUAGUGAUUACUUUUAUCAAAUCCAGGGACAGUUACACAUCACAAAAAGAUCAACGUGUUAUUUUUUUAUGUACACUGAAAAUUGGAAUUAUAUGGUUGAAAUUCCAUAUGAAAAUAAAUUUUGGAACAAAAUGGUAGAUCAUUUAUGCACAUUUUAUACCGAGUGUUUGCUACCUGAAAUAGUAAACCCCAAAUUUGGUAGAAGAUUUUUAAAAAGUGAUAUUGCUGAGCCGUCUGAAAGAGAACAAAAUAUUUUAAAAAAAAAAAACAGCUCUAACCAAACAAUCUUGUUGAUAAAAUAAUAUAUAUACUAUCUAUUAUAAAUUAUAAUUGUUUGUUUAUGAGUAAUGGGUAUGCACAGGUAUUUAAAAUGCCGAGUAUAACAUGUUAGUACACAUAUUAGAAAUGGGCAGGUACAUAGGUGAUAGGUCGUAGGUCUAAAUAGUAAAUACGCUA